CUUUCACUUUCCCCCCCUUUCCCCUUUCCCCUGCGUAGAGAGAUCAUGAUCUCGGUUCGGUUAUUCGCGCCAAGAUCAUGAUCUUCAUUCUUAAUUUUCUUCUUCUUUGAAUCUGUACAAUCUAUCUACUUCUUUGAAUAUUAAUCUCAUUUUUUUAUUUUCUGCAAUCUCAAAAUCUCUGGUUUCCAUUUUGAUUCUUGGAUUUAUAGUUCUUUAUCUGAAUCAAAUCAUGUUGAAGAGACCAUUGAAGCCAUUUAUUGAACAAAAGCUCGGGAAAAUUCCGUGCUUUUUGAUUCACACUCUUCUUGAAUGGGUUUUGAUAAUUAUGCUUUUUGUUGAUGGUUUGAUUGCUUUUGCUUGUAAUGAAUUUGCCCGUUUCUUUGAACUGAGAAUCCCAUGUUUGUUCUGCACAAGGAUUGAUCAUGUUAUGGUUCACAGGGAUCCUGAUUUUUAUUACAAUGAUUCUAUAUGUGAAACCCAUAGGAAGGAUGUGUCCUCCCUUGCUUAUUGUCAUGUUCAUCAGAAAUUAGCUGAUAUCCGUCGAAUGUGUGAAGGUUGUCUUCUUUCUUUCGCAACGGAGGAUAAGUCUGAUUCUGAUACUUAUAGAUCUCUGGUUGGGAUCUUGGGUAAAGAUCUUGAAUGUUCUGUUGAAGAAGAUCAUAAAAUUCAUUUGAGAUUGCCAGCUGGAGGGAAGAUGGAUAUUUUACAGUUUGAGAAGAGCAACAUUCAUAGGUGUUCUUGUUGUGGGGAAGCAUUAAGGAUUAGGGCUUCAUUUCCCCAGGGACUGGUUCAGAAUGUGUCAUCAAAUGAAAUCCAUUUCCCCCAAGCUCCUGCACCAUCUCCCAGAGGCUUAUUAGUCAAGCCAAAAUUAGAGGAAAGAUCAAGAGGUUCUGACACAUUGCCUCACAUUCCAUAUACUGAGCUCAAAAUCUCAUCCGAUAGCGAAUCAGAGAUUCCAGAGGAUGAAGAUGGAUCAACUUCAUUAACUUCAGAGAAUCAAUCAGGUAGAGAAGAUGUCCAUGCUGCUACUGUGCCAUUACUGGUGGAAUUGAAUGACGAUGCUUGCAAGACGCCUACGUUCAAAGGAAGCAGGUUAUCCGCAGUCACCAUAGCAGAAUCUGCAACCAUAAGCCCUAGGUGGCUUCAUAAGCAUCCCAAGAGGUUAGCUAUUGAAAAACCAGAAACGGAGUUUGUCGAAGAAAGCACUACAACUGAAGUAGAUGCUGAAACCAUUCUGCAUCGUUUGAAGAGACAAGUUCGACUGGACCGUAAGUCUUUGAUUACUUUGUAUAUGGAACUGGAUGAAGAAAGAAAUGCUUCUGCCAUUGCUGCAAACCAGGCAAUGGCCAUGAUCACCAGGUUGCAGGCAGAAAAGGCAGCUGUGCAGAUGGAGGCCUUGCAAUAUCAGAGAAUGAUGGAGGAGCAAGCGGAGUAUGAUCAGGAGGCCUUGCAAGAUAUCAAGGAUCUUCUUAUCAAAAGAGAGGAAGAAAUUAAGGUUUUGGAGGCAGAGUUAGAGACUUACAGGGAAAAGUCUGUACUUGUUGGUGAUGCUGAUGAAGAUUACCAUCAAUUGAAGUCCGCAUCUGAAUCAUCUGUUAGUGCACAUUGUGAAUGUGGUAGCCCUCCUGAUAUAAUUGAUGUAGAAGAGGGGAAUGGGGAGCAUGAGCAUAAUUCUGAUGGGCCACCGCUAGGAUCAAAUGGACGGAAAAUUCUUGAAGAGCCAUUGUUAGAUAUUGAAGAUGAGAAGUUAUAUCUUUUGGAUCAGUUGAAAAUGUUGGAGAAGAGGAUUCACCUAUCUACGAAUGAUGGGGAUAACUUGCUUCCUAGCUCUUACAUAAAUAAUCUCAAUGAGGAAGACAAAGGAGAAAAGAGUAGCGACACUAUAACAGAAGAAAUAUCUCGUCUCAGUGAGAAGUUGGAAGCCCUCGAGGCAGAUAGGGAAUUCUUAAAGCAUGCUGUUCAGUCACUUAGAAAAGGUGGUGAAGGAACCCAACUUUUGAGAGAGAUAGCUCUACAUCUUCGGGAGCUUCGGUGUGCAGAGAAGAUGCCCAUGGAUGGUAUUGCUGCUUGAGCUUGUUCCUAUCAUGUCAUUUUGAUGCCAAUGGGAGAACCCUCUCCACCCCAGCAAGGGAAAAGAAAAGACCUAUUCAAAGAUUUCUAAUCCUUUUCAAGCUACUUGGUCAGCUAUGUGAAUCCUCUCUUCCAUCCACGCAAUGGUCAGAAAGUGAAUUUUUAAGAUCCAAUGCCCUCUCCACCCCCCUUUUUCUUGACUGCUUGGCGGCUAACCUGAUCCACCCAACCUCUUCCUUUGAGCAUUCUUGGGACCAGCAGUGCAAAAUCAUUGCCCAAGUAAAAUGAAAGAACAAAAAGAAAAACAUGAAUAAGGGUACAAGUGAAUCAAGAUAACGAUCAGAUCCCUUUUGUCUAUGGGGAACAUCAUGAAUAACUUUGCAGGAGAUGAGUACUUGAAAAGACAAAUGAAUGCUACCAUUUUAGUGGAUGAUAGUUCCUGGAAGCCUGCUAAAUUUCCUUCGGGCUGGUGAAGUGGUUUUGGCAGUGAAUCAAUUACACUUUUCUCAGAUUUUCCAUCAGCAUUUGGUUUAUGGUUCUGUUUAGGCACUCCUUCCUAAUGUUUUGUGAUUUAUUCAAUUCAUAUGAAAAAUAGUUCUCAUCUCUUGUAUCGACGUAUAAUCUUGAGAAUUAAUGGAAGAUAGUAGAGAGAAGUGAAGAGAUUUUUAACAAAGAAGAACAAAUUUUGAAAUUCAUAUUCUAAAAGUAAAUAAUACCUCACAAUUGAAACACCAGAAAUUGAUUCAAUCUUCUUUCUCGAUUGAAUCAUGCUGCCUUAAAACCGUUUGAUCGAUUUUUAGAUGAUAAUAUUUCAUAAUGAAAGUGUAACAUGAACGGAGUUCCAGUUGAAAUCAAAUGCUGAUAUCUAAUUUUAUUGAAGCAUCAUAACUGUAGUUGGACAUGCACAUGUCAAAAUUAUCAUAUGCAAUAUGUUUCAUCUUUGAGAAGGCUUGGGGAAUCCAAGAGUCAGGAGACUCUUUAAGAUAAAAGAACAUGGAAUACAUGCAUGAAUAGUCAAUCUAACAAUUUAUGAUCCAUCAGUUCUGAA